AAAACGAAUUCUAAUACCGAAAAAUCAGGAUUAGUAAAUGGAGUAAUGGGUAUGGUUGUUGAUAUAUAUGAAUUAGGAACAAUUAGUGCAGUACUUCGAGGUCAUAUUACCGUUGAGUAG